AUGGACAAGCAAAGAGAUUCUAUGGGCCAGCGUUGGUGAGUAGUUAUUUGUUAUACUGUCUACUAGUCCACCGUUAGUAGUGCCCUCGCAUGUUUUUGACCUCGAGCGAUAUCGUACCUUAUUCCUUGAGUAAAUACUACUCAAUGACAGAUUAGCGCGUCCCAGGCUGAAUUUUAGGGAAGCUGACAAGAUUACUGAAUCAAAUAUACCAUUUGGCUGAUAUUUCCGAGAGUUUACUCUGCAGUCCAAUUUUGUAAACUGAGAGAGAUGAGAAUUUUCGAUUACAAUUAUCCUUUUUUUCUGGUACCGCGACUACCACUGCAUGGAGAAGCAGCGGAUACCAGUGCCUAGCUUCAAAGGGAAGACAGGGUCAGGACGGUUGGAGGCGCGCUUAAGUGCAUUGUCUGAUGUUGCAAGAAGUCAUCACCUAUGCAUGUCACAUGCAUUCUGACCCAUAAACUCACAUAAACGCGACUCAAAUAACCAAGAUUGCUAUUAGGCUGGAGAACUGAGUCAAUCAACCAAUCCGAAACCUUUAAAAAUAAAACUUUUAGUCAACAAUGACAAAUCAAGAGGACGCUAGAUAGUCGAGAAAGACCAUGGAGAAUCAGCCUAACUCCCUCUUUGGCCUCUCAUUGCAUACCAGCGAAAAGAUCCACUCAAGCUGAUUAGAGACAGGACAGGCCACAGCCGCCGUCCAUCUGGCGUCCGCAUGUCCAUUUGUUAGAGUCUGCUGAAACGCUGCCGUCAAUCUUAAGCGUUCAGUCUACACGUAUGAGAUAGUGAUGAUAAGCAUGGAGGGAGACAAACCGGACGAGUGUACAUAAACAUGAACGUCUGUGACAACCUACAUUCUGAAGUGGGUAUAGGGGGAUCCUCAAAAGUCACUGGACAUUUCUAUCGUCAUAAGCCACAACGCCCCAUGCGUGUGCCGCAGGGUAGGCGCAGCGAUGACCUGCGAGUGAAUUUAUUUAAAAUGAUGCAGAUAUGUAUAGAACCCACCGCACUAAACCAAUGCGGCCAGAGUUGGGCGUGGGCGCGAUGAGAGACAAUGCUAAACAAUCCGUUUACGCGGACCACGGACCAACUGCUAGAAACUUCGUGCGCCUGGGCACUGUAAGGGCGGAUCGGGCGUCUCAUGCUUGAAUAUGCCAUCAGGGCCACGUUAAGGAGGGACUACUGCAGCCUGACUAUCAUCUCGAAGUGGACAGAGCUAGCCCUUCUGUUGGCACCAUGCGAAGCCUACGCCAACGGCGUAUUACAAUAGGGUCGAUUUCUUUAGAUUUAUUUGAAUGACAAAUGCAGAAGUGGGUUUUGAAAAGAGAUUCUCCAGUGUUGGCCUUAUUGAAACGUCACCCAAAACUUUACAAACAGCACAAAUUUGGGUAAUUAUGUCAGUUUUACACUGUUCGGUUGGCAUCGGCAUGGGCCCAAAUGCUUAAAUGUGUUAGGUGGAACCGCCCUGACUGGCUCAUUCGUGCGCCCUCCUGUAGAUCCUCCCUUACGGCGUGCGCGUGUUGAUAUCGUGCUAGCCACGGGCAGGAUUAGAGGGACGCCCGUCACUCAGAUGAGUCAGAAGUCCAGUCGGAAUGCUAACAGCACAAAUGCAUGAUAUGAUUGGCCCAAGUCCAGGCCGGCCUUGGACACCUCUGUAUUUUCCUUGAUCACCAGAAUUUUGGUAUUAGGACCCAGACCUGUUCUUCCACUCAUGUUGUUUAAUUCUUAUUCCGGUAUCCGAUCGUAGAGACUUGUAGAAGGGGCUACCAGUUAUGGCGAAAACAUAACGAAGUGUGCGCUCGUCCACAAGACGGCACUUACUUACGAUGCAUGCCUCUUCGAGGCCGAAAAUGCAUCUGAAGAAUACUUUGGUUAUUACAGAGUUGAGGAACGUGUAGCAGUUAGAAUAGUAGGCGUUACCUGAGCGCCGAAAUCAAAAUCUGAAUUCGUAAUCAGCAGGAUAAGACACAAGACAGGAGGUGUUUAUUGUGCGCAGAAACCUCGGUUGCUCCCUCUGGUGACAUUGUCCACUGGGAGGCCACUGGGUGUCUGCUGACGCCGUUAACUCCUGCCGAGAUACAUUGUAUAUAUUGCAGGCUAUUUUGAAUGUUCGUAUGAACUAGGCCAAGAAUGCUUGUGGUCAAGCGGUUCCCGUAGCACUAAGCAGAGUGCAGGUGUGUUCAAGUGUGGCAUAGGCGGCUGGAGUUGUCAAAACGCACGCUUGUACAAGGUGGUCAGUUGAGUACUUACAGGAUGAAGUAGAAGUUCAAGAGGAGCCUAUAUGGUGAACAUGAGCUAACUCGAGUAGUUUAAGCUUCGAAACGGAAACGUGCACUUCACUGUCGACAGUUAGCUAUAGAUAAACCAACCAAUCUAGCGGCUACUUUUAUCUGGAACGCCGACACCUAAGGAGAAGAAGGUGCGAUCGCUGAAGGAAGAAUUUUAUUUGUCUGACCUGCAAAUUCGUACCCUAACCCAAGAUCAAAGCCAGCGUCAGAUAGGGAUACGGGGUGCGCAGGCGUUGCACUAUUUAUAAAAUGCCCUGGCUGUGCGAGCACAUACCAAUCAUAAAAAGUGGCUCUGACAUUCCCCACGGAUGGUACUCUGCCUGCGGCAAUUGCUUAAUUGCCCGCAGCCGUCGUUAGUUGCGCAGUCAUUAACAUGAUAGUGUAAUUGCGGAAAUUACCGACUUGGCCGCUACGAGGGAACAAUAGUCCCCCCCCCUACUGCACCAUCCACGAUGAAUGCGGAGGCCGCGAUUGAUAGGCAUGUAGUAGCAUCAUAUAUCUGCAUCCCAUAAAAAGUGCGAUCCACCUGCACCCCUUCCACCUAUCCAGUGCUGUCUUUGAUGAUUGGUUCGAGUGUGACUCUUGAAAUCAAGCUUAUGAAGUCUUUUUUUCAGCGAUCGCUCCUUCUUCUUCUUCUUCUUCUUCUUCUUCUUCUUUUAUGAUGCCUCCCGGAACACACAUUUAGGCCCGUGUUGACGUCGAUUUCCGUAUUGUUUUGAUACAACCACAGUAGGUGGGCUAACUCAUGAAAUGUCAACCGGAAUUUCGAAAUGCGUUCUCGUUUCGACAAGAUGAAUUAAGUAGGGUUGUAAAACUAAUCAGCAUGCAGCAUGAUUCCAUAAUGAUCCAGUUACCUCAGAGUAUCGGCUUUCCAAUGAACUUAUUUUGGACUACAUGCGAGAACUACACUCUGUAAAAAAUGACUACCUAAGUAACGUGCAAUUUUCUCAAUGUUUCUCGAUUCCCUUGAAAAUUCGAUUAUAUUUCAUGGAAACAAUGCAUAAAUAUAUUCCUUAUUUUGCUAAUUCGUUAGAAAAUUGCGUCUUUUUUAACUUUAUACUCGAAGGAAGGGUAGUAAGCGGGCUCAAAAUAGUUUCUCAUUGUGAGAUUUUUUAAAACCGUGAAAUGGCCGUCCAUGAAACGUCAUGUAUCUGCAUUUACAAAUGUGGCUUCUAAAGUUAACAGUAUUUUUCAAAUCCAGUGCUUAAUUUUAUGAACCCCACAUGGUCACCUCCUAAUACCGUAGAAAAAGGCAUGGUUUUCCGUGCGCGGAAAAUGUACAGUUUGUAGUUUUGAAACCCUGAAUGCAAGUGUAACAGCAGGUCGGUUUCAAAAUUAUUCGGGAAUUGGAGAAGUUUUUGAAAAUCGAAUAAUACUCUGUCCACGAGUGCAAAAUAGGAAGAAGACGUGAAUUUCCACCGAAUAAGUAAACGAAAGAAUAUUUCUAUGAAUUUUUCCCAAGAAAUAUAAUUGAAUUUUCAAGGGCAUCGAAAAUCAAUGAGACAAUUGCAUGCUACGUAAGUAGUCAUUUUUUACGCAGUAAAGCUUUUACAUGCAGUCCAAAAUAAGCGCAUUCGAAAGCCGACACCCUGAGGUAACUAGUUCAUUAUAGAAUCAUGCUGCAUGAUGAUUAUUUCAACAACCCUACAUAAUUAAUCUUUUCGAAACGAGAACGCACUUCAAAAUUUUGGUUGACAUUUCAGGAGUUAGUCCACCUAAUUUAUGCCAGUAGAGGCAUUGUCGUCGGCAUAGUAAAUGGACGAGGUUCAAAAACCCAUGGGCCGCCUGAAGACCGGAGUACAACGGGUUGCGUGAUUGUUCUCGUUUAUAAACAUUAAAAUCAGAAAUAUGGCAUAGGGUGUCUGGUUCACUAAGUUUUUACUUUAGAUAAACGCUUACCCGAGUAUUUUGGACCAAUGGAGAACUCUGACUCCCUCGUCAACAAUCGUAAUCCAAAAUUUUAAUAUAUUUCACGUAUGACAGUUCGACCGUCAUUUUAGACGAUGCCCACUUUAGACUUUACAGCUAACAAAGAAGGGAUGGUGACUUGGGAGUGAAUUAGUGCAAAGUGAAUGUAGACUUGCGCAGCACCUACCGCACUCUCUCUUCCCCAUUCCCCACCUGGACCGGGUGUCAAGACAGAGUCAAGAAGACCGGUGACGGGGGAGGGCGCAGGUCAAGCCCGUACCUUGACGUUCCACCACACAGCCUGGUCCACACAGUAAAUGACCAGGUUUUGACCAGCAAAAACAACAACACUCCAACAGAAUUCAGAAGGACGAGGAUGAUGUAUAUCGUCUGAUGACAAACAUAUUCUGCUUCUGUGAACUGUAGCGUAACACUGCCCUCCAAUUGGCUACCGUAAAGCAGUGCCUAAAAAUUUCAGCAAAUGCACACAGGGAAUUCGCCAUCUACGCCUUCCUGGAUAGACACUUUGCAUCCUUCGGCAGUGCCCUUAAUACUCCUGACUGACGUAGGACUCCGUGCAUAGUUUGCCGUCUUAUAUUCUGCCAUCAGAGAAAGUACGUGGACGGCCCGGCAUCUCUGCACUUAAGUUCAGACGGUCUAGUGUGGAUUCUGCUGCACAACAUAAACUGGGCAGAAUUUAUUACACCGGCCUUGGUUUAUUUUUUUAGUUUUCCAACUCAAAUUGUCAUCUCGGCUCAGUUCCAAGUUUGUUUGUACGCAAGCACUAGGCAGGCGACAAUUAUCCGACCAAUCGGAACCACUUUAGCCGUCUGCACGAACCGAUGCUGGCUUUACCGUAUAAUCCCUUAGGGAUACGGUACGAUUUAGCACGAUAUUUGGACCAACCUUAGCAGGAGGGUGAGAAGAUACAUGAUUCAGCGCUGCCAUCGACGACUGCUAAGCAAACAGGAAUCGCAUUCUGCUGUCACCAAAGGUGACAGUGAAGAAGAAACCCAGAAAUGGAGCGCACGUUUAUCACUGAAACUUACUGGGCAAGUGAAAAGCGUGACGUCGAAAUGACCUCGAAGUAAAAGAUGCGAGAAAAGAAUAUUUCGGGAAUGCAUCUGACUUUCUGUCAUCGAGGACUUUGACAAGCCAGUUGCAAAUAGCCCGAUAUACGUACAUAAUUCUUGCUGACCUCUUAGUUCAAUCGGGCCAGGACAGACAGAAGCUUUUGGUGAGACCCUAUCACUAGUCGCCACCAGGCGACCUGAACGAUUUUGAGCAGCAGGUAAGAUGACAUGCGAAGACUCGAAAUCUUGGAUGAUACAAUCGCAAAAUCGCCCUAAACAGCAGAGAAAACUGCAUUAUAAGGCUGUUGGCUACGCCUAUCUUUUCGCCUUUAGUUUUCAAAAAUGCAGGAUAAAACAAACGGCCUGAGACGGCCUGCCUGUUGCUAAUUUUCGCACACUCUUCGUAGUCAUUUCGGUGAAAUUUCUAAAAAAUGUUAACACUUUUUAAAAACUGAUUUCGAGCCCUAGCGGUUCUCUGAAAACAAAUAUAUGCAAACCGGUCUUCUCUGGCGAAGUGACGCCAAUUUUAAACUGUGCAGACGCUUUUAAGUGCCUUUAUGUGGGUUUGCAGCGGGUUUAAGUGAAUGCCAUGGUUCUAUUUCUGACUUUCAUAGGUUCAUUAUCAAGACUCGCUGUUUUGGUGAUCAUGUGAUUUGGUGUUUAAUGCUAUGUUUCACUCCUCAACACUUCCACUUUAUCUACCGGCUUCCUUUCUUCCCUCUCGCCUCACUGAAUUUUGUCUUCGUUCUCAUGUGGAUCCUCAGUUUUUCAUAUUUUCUUCUCGGUAUUCUUCCUAUGAAACUCUAUACAGUAGCCGAAAACAAUCGCAAGACAAAUAUAUGUACUUUCCAAGAGCUUGAAUUUUCACCUAUUCUUCUUCUUCUUUUGUUUUUACCUUCUGUUUGUAAGGACUUGUAUUAUUCCGAACGUUUGUUUUGUUGUACCAUCACUACCACUCUUUAAAAUUUUAUUUCUAGGUCUUGGAAGUACUACUGGAUAGGUGACGGGCAGAAACGGACUUGCCAAAACUGGAGUUCAAGCUACAUGUUAAACGUGGCGAACGUGUGGGCCUUUAACUAUCGGAGGGCUCGAGUUGUUCGUGAUGUCGCCUCUUGCUCCUCCAGCCUCCAUUUGAUGUGCUACAGUGUUUGUGAUGAACAUGAGAGCUUAAUUUAA